AUGAAAGCGCUUGUUUUAGAUGCUGAGCGCAGAACGGCUUCAGUUCAAAGCAUCCCGAAACCGGUAGUUGGGGAGAACGAAGUCCUGGUCCGCGUGCAAUGCGUUGCAUUGAACCCAGUAGACUCCCUCUACGUCUCGGAGCCCCUGGGUACAACUGGUCGCACAGUAGGCAGCGACUGGGCCGGUACCAUCAUAGAGAGCAAUGCGGGCUACCUACGGCCUGGCACCAGAGUGGCAGGGUUUCUACAAGGCGCCAGCAGUGUGAACGAACGUCCCGGGGCGUUUGCUGAGUAUCUUGUCUGUCCAUCAGAUCUUCUCUGGACCCUGCCAGACUCUAUGAGCCUUCAGGAAGCUUCAGCAGUGUCUUUGUGCGCCUUGACCGCAGCCCAAGCUCUCUUCUAUCGCCUUCAACUUCCAGCACCAUUUCCAUACUCAGAGCAAGAUGUUCAGACCGUGGCUCAAGGCUUGGCUAUUCAGCAGUCCACCACGGAGCAGCCUUUAUACUUCUUGAUAUACGGUGCGUCCACCUCUGUUGGCAUGUAUGCAGUUCAGUUAGUACACCAUGCUGCGGCCUCGAAGGGCUUUAAGGUUGUUCUCAUUGGCACGGCGAGUCGAGCUCGAUUUCCGAUGCUGAAAAGCGCCCCGUACAACUACCACGCAUUGUUCAACUACAAAGAAACAGACUGGCCUGAGAAAAUUCGCCAUAUAACCGGUGGGAAAGGCGUGGACUACGUUUACGACUGCAUCGCAGAGGGGUCGACUGUCAGUUUGACAAGCAGACUACUUCGGGAGGGAGGCCACAUGGCCAUCGUUCGGUCAUUUGAGGGCGGAGCUUUUGAUACCGAACACAUAGUCGGUAAUCCGAUCUAUGGGGCAGUUUGGGAGGCAUUUGGAGUCGAGGUUCAGUAUCAUGGCAUGAAUCUCCCAGCUUCACGUCCUGCCCGAGCUUUUGCCACCGCCUUCUACAAAUGGCUGUCCAAGUGUCAGCCUCUGGUUCCAAAUCCUAUACGUCUGAUGCCAGGUGGACUUGAGCGAAUCCCUCUUGAUGGGUUGAUUCUGCUAGGUGGGGGUAAUAUGGAGGAUCGCUUGGAGAAUAGAGAUGAGGAAUGGAUGAGGCAGAUUAGUGCAGAAAAGCUAGUAUAUAUGAUAGGUAAAUAG